AUUCAAAUGGAUAACAUCAAAUUGUCGUUGCCCAAAGGUAUUUCACUUUAUAACACAACUAUAACAUACGCGAGUGAUAUAGGCACUCAGAUUUGAUGUAGCUUCUGUUUCAGCGUUAGUAUUAUAGGCACUCAGAUUGAUGUAGCUUCUGACACAGCGUUAGUAUUAUAGGCACUCGGAUUUUAUGUUGCUUCUGUUUCAGUGUUAGCAUUAUAGGCACUCAGAUUGGGUGUAGCUUCUGAUAACAACGCUAGCGUUUCACUCUUGAAAAUUUCUUUUUACUUUAAUCACAAUUUUAUUUUUGUAUUGAAGGAAUCUAGCGCAAUGUGGCAGACAUAAAUUAUUCAUGUUUUAAUGAAACAAUAUUAGGGGUUUAGUGAAGACAGCAAAGACGUAAACUGGUUGUUUGUCAAUGUUUACAAUUAAUUUUCUAUUCGUUCUACUAUUGGAACAAUUUUAGCAUGAAAUAUAUUUUUAAAAAAACAAUCUUUAAUCAAAAUUAUAUACCCAGCCAUGCUGAGCCAUGUUACAUGAUUCCAGAAAAUAUAAUUGAAAAAUUAAAAGAAAAAUAAAUAAAUCUCAAUAUAAAAUUAAAAUAAUUAUAAUUGACAUGAAAGUAAAGCGACGGUAUUGAAAUUAGGUUAUGUUCUUGAAAAAUAUGGAUAUGUCAUUGAAAUGUAAAUUUAUGUUAAUGUAAGCGGUGUAACAGAAAAAAACGUAUUCACAUACGCUUUUUCAAUGACAUGUUUUAUUCAUAUAACUUGUAAUAUGAAACGAAACCUAUGAGUGAUAUAGAUUUAUUCUCCGCCCCCAUUACCUAAAAUGAAUAAAUAAAUAAGUCCUAUAUCAGUGGAAAGAGUAACAUUAUCUCAAUUUCAUAGUCUCAUUAUAUCAAUGUAAUAGUCAAAUUAUCGCAUUAUAAAAGUCACAUUGUCUCAGUCAAAUAUUCACAUGAGCCUAGUUGUAUUUUCCAUUUUCUCUUUGCCUCUGAACACUAUCUAAGUGGAACAGCGACAUUAUUUCUGUGUAAUAUUCAAGUUAUCUUUGUCAAAAAUCACAUUAUCUUAGUCUCAAUGUCACAUUGUAUCACUGCAAUGGUCACGAGUUGUCAAUGUCAAGGUCACAAGAUCUCAUUACAAUAUUAACUAUUAUCUCAGUGUAAUAGUCACACUAUCUCAGUAGUCAAUCAUUUUCUUCUCUGACUUUUACAUUAUUUCAUUGUCAUUGUCAGAUAAUCUCCUUGUAGAAGUCACAUGAUCUCAAUGUAAUUGUCAAAUUUUCUUAAGCUAAGAAUCACAAAUAUCAAAGCAAUUGUCAAAUUAUCGUAGUCUAAUAGUCAAAUAAUCUCACCUUAAUAAGCGCACUAUUACUUUGUAAUAGUCUUAUUUUUACAGUGUAACAGGCCCUUCUUCGGAGUAGUAACCAUAUUAUUUAAAUGUAUCACAUCUGACACGUAAGAAUAUUUAUGUAAACUAUUAUUUAAAAAAAAAAUAUUUCUGUUCUUCAAUGUCAAAUAUGCUUCAUAAAAACCUUCGCUUCCAGAUUGCGACGAGAAUGGAAAAACCAAGUCUCACAUUACUCAACAUGGUCUUCUGUCUCGGGUUGAUGCUUGCUGCCACUAGUAACGCCCAGACGGUAGGCCUUUUCUUUUGUGCAGCGCUCCAUUUUAGUCAGGCCAGUCAGAGUAUGUAGUUUGGUUAAAAGUUAACAGCUUUCAAUGACCGUUGUAUGGUUUUAGUCAGUUUUUACGGAUCUUUUUACACCCCCCCCCCCACCUUAUGAACGUAGAUGGACGCUCAUAUGAACUUAUGACAACCCCCACCUCCCCAACGUAGAUGUACGCUCAUAUGAACUUAUGACAACCCCCAUCUCCCCAACGUAGAUGUACGCUCAUAUGACCUUAUGACAACCCCCACCUCCCCAGCGUUUCUAUACGCUCAAAUGAACGUAAUACAACCCUCAAAUCCCCAAAGUUUCUAUACUUUCCAAUGAAUUUAUUACAACACCCUACCUCCCCAAAGUUUCUAUACGCUCCAAUGAACGUAUUACAUAGGGGAGAGACUGCCAUCAGGUUAGCACAACAGGUAUAUUAGUAAAACAAGUACUGUUAAACCUGAAAAAAAAGGAAUGCAACAAAACAACGAGACACGAGAAUUUAUGAAUACCGGAGCUGUUACAAAACGAGAAAAUGAUGUAUAUAUAUAUAUAUAUAUACUGAUAUCAAUAUAAAAAUUCAAUGCGGGAAGCUAGGGUAGGAUUGCGGGAAGCUAGAGUAAGAUUGCGGGGGUAAGCCUAAUCUGUAAAAUACAGAGAUGGAGCCAAGAAUUCAAUAUCACACCAAUAACAAUGUCAUUUCGGCCAGCUGUAUUGACACUUGUCAUUCACUUGGAUCCACUGAUUACGUGGAGUAUGAGGAUCUGCUGCAUUGGGGAACAGCUGGUCUCCAAAUUUCACCGCCCAGGCUAAGUAGCCGUAUUGGUGACGUCACUUUUGGAGAAGCAAGUUUUUUUUUGUGUGUAAAGCAGAGAAAGUAAAUUGAAGGACGACUCAACGACUUCGCUUCGCAACAUGGAACGUAAGAUGCAUGUGUCCUGGAAUAGACACUGACAUUAAACAGAUUGACGCCGAAAUUAAGACUGCCGUAAUGGACAUAGAAUUCUCCAUACUAAACAUUGAUAUUACCUGCCUUCAAGAGAACCGAGUAGCGGAUAUUGGUACCAUAAAGGAAGCCAGCUACACAUUCUAUUGGCAGGGGAAACCCGUAGAUGAACCGAGGCGGCACAAUGUUGGAUUUGCCGUAAAAAAAAAAUUACUUGCCUGUAUUAAACCUCCUUCAUUGGGAUCGGAGAGGAUUCUGCGGAUGUCAUCAUCUGCUGGCAAGGUCAACGUAUAUUCAAAGUGUAUGCUGAGACUCUUCAUUCGACUAGAGGUGAGAAAGAUUUGUUCUAUGAGGCCCUGGCCCAAGAAUGAUCAUGUGUUCCCAAAUUAAAAGCAUUGUACAUUCUGGGAGAUUUUAACUCUAGGGUAAUAGUUGAUCAGGAAGUCUGGUCUUUAUUUCUUGGUGAUCACGGAUAAGGAAUGAUUAAUGACAACGGAUAACGUCUGCUGGAGUUGUGCGGCUCCCAUGGUCUCUUUGUUACCAACACCUUUUUCAGAUGUAACAAAAUCCAAAAGGUGGCAUGGCGAUACCUUUUUUAAUAAUUAUUUUAAAUUUUAAUAAUUGUAAAGCUCUUAGAGCUUUAAGGUAAGCGCUAUAUAAAAAAAUGCCUAAAUAAAUAAAUAAAUACCUGCGUUCCCGCCACUGACAUCAGUUGGAACCUCGUCACUACUAGGAGCGUGGAGCUAGCCAGUGUACUUCACACCAGCAGCUACCAUAGUGCCGACUGUGACACGAACCAUUCCCUCGUAGUAAGCAAGAUACGACAAAUGCUAAAAAAAUUUACAAAAUGCUAAAAAGAAGUGUCAUGACGAAUUAACAUCCACAACUUAAACAACCUAUAAAAAAUAUAACAAUUCUCAAAAGUGUUGCUGAAUUACCUUGCUAAAUGGUCACCCGAUUUCACUAUUGACUCUAAGUGGACUCAUUUACGCGAUGCUGUUUACGAUUCAGCCAUGUCCGCCAACGGUAAAAUGGAGCAAUACAAAAUUUCUGGUAUUGGGCGCAUUGGAAUUUGAUGGAAGCCGUUAUCGAGAAAAAGCGAAGAGCCCUAAUUGCCUAGCGUGAUGCACCUUGUGCUAGUCAAAUACAGGCUCCCAGUACUGCAAAAAAAAAAAAAAAAUUCCCUGGAGACGGCCCGUCACUGUGCCAACACUUACCGUCUAGACCAUUGCAAAUCUAUACAAUUGACUUCUCAAAACAAAGAUACAAGAAGCAUGUACGAGGGCAUCAAGAGGGCAUUAGGUCCACACACUUCAAAAAUAGCACCACUCAAGUUCAAAACGGGUCAAAUUACCCAGAACUUGAACAAUCAACUCCGACGUUGGGUAGAGCAUUAUCUUGAAAAAUACUAAACAAUGGAUGUAGUUACUUAGACCACUCUGUAUAUUAUUCCCGUCUUGUCAAUAAUGGAAGAACUAAACGAAGAGCCAACUUUACUUGAGCUCGAAAAAGCCAUUGAUUACCUUGCUGAUAGCAGGGCACCAGGAAUUUACGGCAUUCCAUCGGAAAGUCCAAAAAAGGGAAAACCUAUCCUACUUCAGCCCUUACAUGAGCUCCUGUAUCUGUUUUGGGAAACAGGACAUAUUCCUCAGGACAUGAGAGACGCCAACAUUGUAACAUUGUAUAAAAAAAAAUUCGACCGAAGUGAUUGCAACAGCUAAGGAGGAAUUUUGCUCCUUGGGUUAGUUAGACACACUUUAGUCCAUUUUGCCUUAAAUGAUUGCAGAGUCUCGCUAACUGCAUCUACCUAGAAUCCCAGUUUGGCUUCAGGAGUGGGCGCUCAACACUAGACAUGUUAUUCUCGUUACGCCAAAUGCAGGAGAAAUAUAGUGAACAGAAUAUGCCUCUUUAAAUUGCUUUCAAAGACCUCGCAAAGCAUUUCACUUAAGUCGGAGAGGCCUUUCCAGUAUCUUGCAAGGAAUACAUUGUCCCCCACGACUUCUCACAAUCAUACAGACAUUUCACAAAACAUGCACAGCACAGUAACCUUCAAUGGUGCUGUCUCUCAGUCAUUCCCAGUCAGGAGCGGAGAAAACCAGGUUUGUUUGCUGGUACCAACGCUCUUCUCCAUUUUCUUCUCGAUGCAUUUUUAAUUUGAAUUCAGGGAUUGUGAAUAUGAAGUAUACAUUCAUACCAGAUCUGAUGGUAGGCUGUUCAAUAUCGCCCUUCGUGCAAAGACAAUUGUAAAAAGUGCUGAUUCUUGAACUGCUGUUGGCUGACGAUGUCGCCUUAACAUCUCACACAGAAGAAGGUCUUCAGGCACUGGUUAAUUGUCUAUCACACAUGUAAAGCAUUUGGAUAGUCAAUUAGUCUACAAUAAACACAUGUAAUGAUGCAAGAAGCAACGUCCCCUCCAAUCAUAUCUAUUGAGGGCAAUAAUCUUUCGGUUAUUGGGCAUUUCACAUACCUUAGAUCCAAUAUUUCUAGUUCUCUCUCCAUUGAUUAAGAGAUAAAUAUCGGGAUCGCAAAAGCAUUAGGAACUAUGGCUAAACUGAAUAAGCGGGCGUAGAAUAAUCUCAAUCUAACUAAUAAAAAAUAAUUAUCUAUCAGUCAUGUGUGCUUAGUACGCUCAUACAUGGCAGCGAAGUGUGGAUAACAUAUUCCAGUCAUGAGAGGUUACUCAACAGCUUCCAUCAAAGAUGUCUGCGUCGCAUUUUACUUAUUGGAUGGCAGGACAAGGUGCGUAGCACGGAGAUCUUGGAAAAUGCACAAAUGUUUAGCAUAUUCUCCGCUUUUAGCAAAAGGCAUCUUCGAAGGUGAGGUCAUGUAAGGAGAAUGAAGGAAAGCCAUAUCAUAAAGAUGCUGCUUAUGGUGAGUUGGCAAUGGGACAAGAUUUAUUAGAGAGCAAUGCCUUAGAUAUAUGGACAUUUGGAAAAGGAGCAUGAGGAAAGCCAAUGUUGAAAACAAAGAAUGGCAGCUCAUUGCCGAACAACGUUCCAGAUGGUGAAAAGCAGUGUAUGAAGGAGUAAAAAAAAUAGGCAGAAGAUACGCAAAACGAGGCUCUUGCAACAAAAAGAACAAUACUCAAAAUCUUACCAGGAAUCAAUAUUCACCUACAAGAAAUGCAGUCGAGAUUGUCAUUCUAGAAUUUGCUUAGUGAGACACUCGUUGAAGUAAAGAACUACAUAACUAUUCCAGCGUCUCGCAAAGACGGAAAAAUGCCAUAUAAACAUAUUUAGUAUCCGAGAGGGCAGCUAAUGAAUUGUGACAGAAAAUAAGAAUUGAGAGAUUAUAUAAAGAGGACGGAAAGAAAGAGGAGAAGUUAGUCCACUGCGAUAGGUCGUGGUGUGGAAGGGUGGAGCUAUGUUCAAGCUGUAAAUAGAGACAUGAAUUCCAUACGCAUGUAGUGUCAAUGUGCCAUAGGUCAGGAUAAGCUUGCAUUCCAAAUUCAUCGGCCUGAGUUUGUUUGUGCUAGCCACGAUCACACACAUUAAAAAGUCUGUCUUGCCCUGGUGGUCACUUCUAUUGAAGUAUUUGGAGACAGGACACGGUUUAUCUUGCGUCAUGUUACUGAGGUAUUCAGUACACCUGUCAGAGAGUCAGCAUCCUGUCUCCCCAAUGUACGUCAUCUGGGAGUGGGGGUAAACAAUGGCGUAUGCAAAAUUCCGGCUAGUACGAAGGAGACCGUCGUGUAUUUGAAAACAGCCCUUAGGGAAACAUAUGCCUUGGUCUGUACGACAAAAGGUCAAGUGUUGUAGCUGCUGCGUCCACUGUGUCCUGUCUCCAAAAACUUUAAUAUAAGCGACCACCAGUUAGAUGACUAGCUUCUCCUCUUUGCUUUCCCUCCCCUUACAUAAUCUCUCCCCCUCUUACUUUCUGUCACAUUUUAAAAAUUGUAUUCUGCUUUUUCUGUUUGUUCGCUGACGAAGGCUUCCUGCCGACACGUUAGCUGUUUUAUUGCGUUCUUUUCAUGUUUCAAAUUACUUUGUCUUACUAAUUACUUUAUAAUAAUCUGGCUAGUCUUACCCUGGAUUAAUUCGUUUGUUACAACAGAAAAUUUCUUACUUUGCUAAAUUCACAAGACCUGCGGAAAAAAAUUAAAUUAAUGAUUCAUAGUCUGUGCCCAGGUGCCACUGCAUGAAACUCCUAAACAGUAUUAUAACUUAAAACAGAGGAUAGGCAAAAGACUCUCCUGGAUAAAAUUGCUUGUCAAAGGGACUUCGAGAUUAAAAACAGCGGGAACCACUGAUAUAUAGUAACCAUCUCAUGUUGAUGUUCAGUGCAACAGUUAAUUAAUCUCUCAGCAAUUCAGAAUAUAGUGUUACAUUUUUAAAAAUGUACAAAACUUUGCGAUGGUUCAUUUUCCCAGGAUUCAAUGACAGCUCCCACAGUUUUAAAGAACUCGGCUCCAAUCAUCACUAUUGGAAAUAAUAACCGUGGUAUGUUGUUUUUUUUUCGUUCAUCUAUUCCAAGGAUCGACAAACUUUUGAUAACAAUGUGCCAAACUGGCAGUUCUAGUUCAUUUAUCGUGCAAAUAAUUUAAUAAGUGCAUCUUAAAAAUUGUGUCAUUAUGUAGUCAUAUUUAACGUUAUCUUAAAUGUCAACUAAAACAUUUUCAGAUACCUUGGAACUAGAUUCGAGACAUCCUUUCAAGGCUGACUCUAUUGUAUACACAGUGACGUCCAAUGACCCGGAAUCAGAUCUACCAAUAACCCACACUUUGACCAGCAUUUUUCCGAUAGGAAACCCCUACUUUUCCGUGGAUAGAUGUAAGCCGACGCCAAAUAUGCACAGGGAAGUUAUGGGGAAUUUCAUGGCUUGAUUGUUAAACACAUGAAUCGAGAGUGGUCUGUAUUUCUAUAUAAACUAAUAGAUGUUAAACAAACUUGUCUACGAAAAUGAUAUUUUUACUCACUCUGAUUUAAACUUUAACUAAAGAAACUCUUACAGACCCAUGACUACAGCGUAUUCGUUUUCACAUGAUGAAAAAAAAUUAAGUAAAAUAAAGCAAGAGAUAAAAAAAAAACUUAGCCUCCAAUGCAAAUUACUCCCUAUUUCGUUCACCACAACAGACUUUCGACUGAAAAUAUUUAAUUGUAGUUGUAUUUUUUUUUCCAUUUCUAAUGGAUCUGCGAGGGAAUGUAAUUUUUUUUUAUUCGUCUUUCAAAUUUAAAUAUUUCUUUGGCCUUAACCGUACACCAAGAAUAAAGCCAGGAAUGCAAAUAAAGUAAUUUAAUCAAUUGACGCUAGAAACCAUUUUAUUAAUGAAACAAUCCAUUUUUUGUACCUUACAAAUAGACUACGACUACUUAAUUGUGGGUAUUUUCUUAAUAUAUAUAUAUAUAUAUUAGAAAGAAAAUUAAUAAUAACGAUUACAAAUUAAUAUUAAUCGUAUUUAUUAACAUCUUUGAAAAGUCUUCCCAUUUCUUUAAAAAAAAAAGAAAAAAGACAUUUGUUAUCCGGAAACAGUAAAUUGAGAACAGUCAAUUUGAAACGUAAACGUGUUAAACUGAGUGAAAUGUCAAACGGAACGCACCCUUCCUGGGUACAGGAAUAAACAUAAAUAAAUACAGUGAUACUUCCUUUUAUCCGAGUGUCGGUUUUCCGAAACGUCGGUUAUCCGAACUACGAAAACAAUGGCAACAAUGUACGCAAUGGACAUGUCAGGAAGCAUAAGUGUACAGCAAAUACAAGGAAAUAAAUCCUCACCUUUCGGCUAUGUGCAAUCCAUGGGUUGAACAUAAAGGGAUAAUGCGAUAUGCAGACUUGUUAACUAAUAUAUAUAUUACAGAAUAAGCGUAUGAUUUGGAAACGAAGUCUUUCUGUAAAAACAAAUGUCAAGUCCUCGCCUGGUUUUUUAUACCAUUCAGCUGACCGCGAAACACCUUGCUCCAUGUACUAACGUCUUCAACGCAUCCGUUCGUGGUAGAGUGAUACAAGCCAAAAAUAUGUUACACUAAUCAGCCCCUGUCCAAAUCGUUUCGGAAACUAGUCACUCUACUGUAAAGGAACAAUAUUUUGGUGAAUGAAAAAAAAAGUUGAUUUAAAAAGUAAAUCCCCCGAACAGUAAAACGGAUGAGUGCUAACGAAGUUGUCCCAACUAUGAGAAAUAACAAAACACGAAAAGGUCAUCUGCUGUGGACAGCAAGACAUUGAUGAAGAUAGUGGGACCUAUAGGUAUUUCUUUCUUGCCUUCUUGCAGAUAACGGAAGUGUUCGCACUAAAAUCGACCUUCGCGCAGCUGAUGUCAGGGAAGUGGAGCUGCUGAUAACUGUUGCUGACAGCAAGGCAAACCAUGCAAAUUUUACACUCGUUUUGUAUAUAGGUGGGUACAGCAGUUUCGACAACACAUAGUCAGUUUUACUCUAGCAAAUAUAAUUAUAUAGGUACUGAUUUACUCCAGCUUUGACUAACUCUUUGUUAAAAAAAAGAUAUUUUGGUUAAUUAAAGAUAAUUAAGUCUCCUUCUGUUUAUUUAAAUUAAAGAAAGCAAUGUCGAUAGUUUUUUUUGAAUAUUGGAAGCUCUAAAUUUGAUCUUUAAAUUAUAGGAAGUUUAUGAUUAGUCUAUUAAAUAUAUUAAUGUCUACAUUUGAUUUUUUUAAAUAUAGAAAUGUUAAGUUUUAUUUUUUUUAAAUAAAGGAAAGUCUAGAUUUUUUAAUUUAUAUAUAAAUACGUAAGUUGAUUCAGAUAUGUGAUUUUAUUAAAGAAUAUGUUUCCAUAUGUUAUAAAGAGUAUUUAAAGACCAAUUAGUUACGAAUCAAAUGUGUUGUUUAUUUUGAUACUGUUUAUUAGAAAUAGCUUCUUUAAAGAAUCAAAUAUAAAAGGUAUUAAUAAAUAAUACACUUCUCUACAAUAUGCUUAUGCGUGUGUGUGUAUGUCUGUCUGCACGCAAUUGUGCACCUGCAUGUGGGUUUCGUGAUAUAUUAUAUCCACAUCGCUCUCUACAAUCUGAAGAUGAAGUUUACUUUGUAUGGUGGCGCCGACCGUUGCAAAGCUCUGCAGAUCAUCUUACACAGCGUGCUCCUGCAAACUCUUAUUAAUUCAUCCCACGAGAACAAAUGCGUUACGGUUUGAUUAAACAUACAUUUUUAAUAGUAAUUUUUUUUAGUGAGGAUAGGCUGCACACUAUCACCCCAUGAACUUUGACAAUUUCUUUAUAUCAGCCCAGCAGCCAGCAGUCCUUUCAACGAUUUUCAUCACGGAGUUACGUUAAGCUGUUCAACACCUAUCCUGUUCAUUGCAAAGACUCUACCAAAAAGUUUUUCAUUUUUAAAAAAAAAAAUAAUGAACUGCUUUUCAUGGAUGAUAUAAUCAUAAUGCCACACACAUACAUGAAUACCAUAUUUUUGUUAAGUGUCCCUUUUUGACGCCCGAACAUAAUUUGGACUUACCAUAAACCACACGAAUAAAGGUGUCUGGUGUCUUGGCGCAAGACUUAGAUAUCUUGCCCUCAUCAUUUUCUGGGGUUAGACCCUAUCAUAAUUAAAGGAAUGCAUUCAAGCUGAGUAAAUGAAAUAGCAAAACGAGUAAUGUGGAAGCUUGAAUGUAUGGACAGGACAAUAAGAUUAGAAUGUUUUGGCUUAGAGCCUUCUUCAGCACACAGGACACAUGAAAAUUUAACAAGGGACAGAGCACAGUAAACAACUUAAGAAAUAUCCAUUGUUGUUGCUGGAAAUAGGAUUACAUGAAGUGAGAGAAUAUAAAUAUUGACACUGUGAAAAAUAAGGUCCAAAAUAAUAAUGGACCAGAAUAUCCAGGAAUACAUAAACACACAGCAAUAAGAAAAUAGUCAAAAUACAGGGAAACAGAGAAACAUAAGUAGGAUAGUAUUUGACUAAUACCAUAUGGAGACAAGGUGUCAAACAGCUGAAUAAAUUUAUUUUCCAUUUUAACCCUCUUUGGUGUAAUAGUGCAUGAAAUCACUGCCGUAAUGGUCACAUCCAAUGCACCUGUAUGUUCAUCUCUGUUGAAAUGUAAAGAGACUGGGUAAAGUUUACCUUGUUCAAAAUACCGAGAAGUCAGGGAAACUAUCCGACAAUCUUUUCCCAGUUUCACCUAUGUAACUAGAUUGGCAUCUACGGCAUACAACCGCAUAAUAUAUUGCAUUACGGCUGACGCAGUUGAAACCCUCUUUAAUGGUAAAGGUACCUUUAUGGAGGCUAAUUCUUUCAGUUUGAAGUGUAAAGGGACAAGUCCUAUAGCAUCUUCUUAUGCAUGGUUAGUACCAAAGUAAGACGGUUCAGAUAGAAGGAAUAAGAAAAUAGUAGAAUACAGGGAAACAGAAGUAAGAUCUGCCAUUCUUCGUACUUAUAAUACAUAAUUUUGAUGUAGUGAAAUUUAAAAAAACAAACAAACAAAUGUGUUCAAUAUACACUGAAUAAUACAAUGACUCCCCCUAUCCCACCCCUUCACAACAGUUUUGUAUACCAGACCUGAUAUCACCAACCUACCAGACGUGAAAUUCAUCAGUGAGAAUAAGGCAAAAGACUACCCCAUUAUAACCCUAACAGCAGCCCCUGACACGUAAGUUUAUAGACAUUCAGAAGCAGACGUUUAGUUUAAAGGCAAGAAGCAGACAAAGAUUUCAGUAGAAUCACAUUCAGUUGAAAGACAUUCAGUUGAAAGACGUUCAGUCGCAAGAAAAUUUAGUUGAAAUACAUUCAGUUGAAAGACAUUCAGUUGAAAGACAUUCAGUUGAAAGACAUUCAGUUGAAAGACAUUUAUUUGAAAGACAUUCAGUUGAAAGACAUUCAGUUGAAAGACAUUCAGUUGAAAGACAUUCAGUUGAAAGACAUUCAGUUGACAGACAUUAAGUUGAAAGACAUUUAGUUGAAAGACUUUCAGUUGAAAGACAUUCAGUUGAAAGACAUUCAGUUGAAAGACAUUCAGUUGAAAGACAUUCAGUUGAAAGACAUUCAGUUGAAAGACAUUCAGUUGAAAGACAUUCAGUUGAAAGACAUUUAGUUAAAAGACAUUCAGUUGAAAGACAUUCAGUUGAAAGACAUUCAGUUGAAAGACAUUCAGUUGAAAACAUUCAGCUGAAAGACAUUUAGUUGAAAGACGUUCAGUUGAAAGACAUUCAGUUGAAAGACAUUCAGUUGAAAGACAUUUAGUUGAAAGACAUUCAGUUGAAAGACAUUUAGUUGAAAGACAUUCAGUUGAAAGACAUUCAGUUGAAAGACAUUUAUUUGAAAGACAUUCAGUUGAAAGACAUUAAGUUGAAAGACAUUCAGUUGAAAGACAUUCAGUUGAAAGACAUUCAGUUGAAAGACAUUCAGUUGAAAGACAUUUAUUUGAAAGACAUUCAGUUGAAAGACAAUUAGUUGAAAGACAUUCAGUUGAAAGACAUUCAGUUGAACGAUAUUCAUUUGAACGAUGUUCAGUUGAACGACAAUCAGUUGAAAGACAUUUAGUUGAAAGGCAUUCAGUUGAAAGACAUUCAGUUGAAAGACAUUUAGUUGAAAGACAUUCAGUUGAAAGACAUUUAUUUGAAAGACAUUCAGUUGAAAGACAUUCAGUUGAAAGACAUUCAGUUGAAAGACAUUCAGUUGAAAACAUUCAGCUGAAAGACAUUUAGUUGAAAGACGUUCAGUUGAAAGACAUUCAGUUGAAAGACAUUCAGUUGAAAGACAUUUAGUUGAAAGACAUUCAGUUGAAAGACAUUUAGUUGAAAGACAUUCAGUUGAAAGACAUUCAGUUGAAAGACAUUUAUUUGAAAGACAUUCAGUUGAAAGACAUUAAGUUGAAAGACAUUCAGUUGAAAGACAUUCAGUUGAAAGACAUUCAGUUGAAAGACAUUCAGUUGAAAGACAUUUAUUUGAAAGACAUUCAGUUGAAAGACAAUUAGUUGAAAGACAUUCAGUUGAAAGACAUUCAGUUGAACGAUAUUCAUUUGAACGAUGUUCAGUUGAACGACAAUCAGUUGAAAGACAUUUAGUUGAAAGGCAUUCAGUUGAAAGACAUUCAGUUGAAAGACAUUUAGUUGAAAGACAUUCAGUUGAAAGACAUUUAUUUGAAAGACAUUCAGUUGAAAGACUUUCAGUUGAAAGACAUUCAGUUGAAAGACAUUCAGUUGAACGAUAUUCAUUUGAACGAUGUUCAGUUGAACGACAAUCAGUUGAAAGACAUUUAGUUGAAAGGCAUUCUGUUGAAAAAACAUUCAGUUCAAAGACGUUCAAUGAAAGAUAUACAGUUGAAAGACAUUCAGUUGAAAGACAUUCAGUUGAAAGACAUUCACGUUGAAAGGCAUUUAGUAAAAAAUAUAUUCCUUUGUUUUUUGAUAUCCUUGGUCAAAUAACAGUUUUGGGAUAAAUGGCAAUACUAUAUAUGGUCUGGGUGAUCAAUACACGCUCGCAGUAUUUUAUGGCUAGUUAACUAGCAUUAGCUCACACUCGUCUUGUAUACUACAUCUAGUUGUCUAUUUCAUUGCGUACUCAGUGGCGUCACUUAAUUUAGUGGCACCCAGUAAACUCAAGGCGUAAUGCAAACCAGAAUUCUCACCGGACCUCCUCUUUAUGUACCUGCUCUGAUGACCCCCUGUUCUGGUGGCAGCCUUUCCUUGUGGCUCCCAGCUCUGAUGGCACCUUCGCAUUUAACAUUGAUAAGUUAUGAAACCAACUUGAUCGAGCUUUUUCAAUAUUGAUAUGCUUCACUUUGUGUCAAUCUCUUGUGAUGAUGUCAACCGUAAACGAGGUUUUCACCAGGGGCAGUUUGCACCCCCUGUUGACGUCAAUGUUCACACUCUAAGCGUCAAGAGAUGACCGUGAUUUCGAAAUUCCUUAUUGCAGCAGUAACUAGCAGACAUCCCCUUGUUAUCAAAUAAUUUAUUAAAAUACAAUUUUUAAACCUUCAGUGUACACUUAUCAAAGAGCUCUUGACCUUUAACCAAUCCAGGCCACAGAAUCAUUAUGAAGACAUUUGCAGUAAGGUUUAUAUCUAGAGUGAUCAUCCUAGUUAGUCUCAUGGUCAUUGAUGAGUUCCUACUUAUUCCACAGUGUGAAACCUACCUGGACUUGGACACUAAAAGAACCAGGAGAAGAGUACAAAUUCAAACUAGACACCGACAGUAUGUAUUUAUGAUGUCUUUUGUAUUGCCAUUUGGCAGUGGUUUAACAAUGGUUAGUGACUUGCAAUUUUUUUGCCGUUACACCCCUUUCCGAAAAACGCAAAUGUAGGCUUUGAAUGGCCCCUCUCAAUGUACAGAAAACAGCCCCCCCCCCACCGUGGUGGACCACCCCUCCACCCAAAACCGACCCCUCCACCGUACAGUACAUAUUUUUGUUGUUGAUUUUUGAAACUGUUUUUUUUUUAAAAACGGUCUAUGACAAAGUAUUUAUAAUGUUUUUGAACACGUGCAAAAUUGCAAAUUUCUCUCAGCACAUAAAAAGAAUUGAAAUCCUUUUCAUCUUUAGAAAGUUUUUCUUUCUGCCUUAAAAACACAUCCCAAAUUUUAAGGGGUGUGAUUCAAUUUGAAAACAAGCCAUUAAGUUAAAGGCAAGGUCACACCUGAAUGCAUACCAAAUAAAUAAAAGAAUCAAAAUCCUUUGGUAUCAAAUAUUUAUCUUGAAAUGACGCAACUAAAGUCAUAUCCUAAGCCAGACAUUAGCAGGUACAACUAGUCUAUGGAAUUGAAUUUAUCUCCAACAUGAGAGAGUAAACUAUAAAUGAUGUAGCGUAACUAACGACAUCGAAAAAGGGUUAAAGCCCCCCCACUCUUCCUUCAUCGACAGUAAAUACAAAAAACGGUUAUUGCAUAUCCGGUGAAUUAAAAUUUUCUUUCUCUCAUUCCUAGCUGGCAGGUUUACACUAGCAGAAGCCUUGGACUAUGAGAAGACCCAGAAGUACACUGUGUCCUUCGUCAUAUCAGACGGCUACUCGUAAGCAGAGCAACUGAGCUAACACCGCUUGCCUUAUGUUUUAAAACAUGACAGCUUGUAGAGACAAAAUAACAAUACAUAAAAAUAAAUGCAAAAUAACAAACCUUUCUUUAAACCAAAAAGUACAUCUAAAAUUUGACAACUAUGUGAACUAAUUAAUUGAACAAUUUUUUUUUCUAUCUUUUAAAAGUUAAUUUCUUAGUUCAAAACGUUCACUCACAGGGAAUCCAUAGGCGACGAGCUGACUAUUAACGUCAUCAAUGAAAACGAGCCUCCAUACUUUGACGAGGUGGUCUACUAUUGUUCGCUGGAUGAAAGUGAUGUAAGGGCCGGAAGUGUUGCAUACGUCACUGUAAUCAUGUCUUGUAUUAAAAAAAAAAAAACGCCAAUGAUAGGAUUUUCCCAAACUGCGGUGGGGCUGUCACAGACCUGGGAUACAAGAAGACAUUUCAGGGUGUUCGAGGAAAAGGUAUUUAAGAAGACAGAAGACAUCACCUUUUUAACAUAUGAAAAACAAAGAUGUGGGAUGCGACCAUUCGCCGCAACGCUUUUCGUCGACCCCAACUUAUCGACGCCAUUUUGCCGCCGGUCAUUUUCUUGAAAAAGCGGAUAAAAAUAAUUGAAAUUUUAAAAAAAAAUGGUCGAGGCGUAGCUAGAGUUGUUGACAAAAGGGGGCAAGGUUAAUUUUUAAGCCCCCCACUUAUAAUUUAUGAAACCCAUUAUGUUCAUUCAUUAAAAACUAUCAAAACCAAUGUUGGCACCCCCGUUCGUCUGGCGCCCGGGGACGUAUGUUGUGGCGUUUGAUUAUUUGUUAGUAAACACCAGCUGAUUGAAGAACUUCGUCUUUCAAAAUUAUACGCUGUGAAACAGGUUCUUAAAGAGACUCACACACUUGCCUUUUGAUAGUCAAUGAGCUUUUCAGGUUUUCGCCACUAUACUUUGGCAAUGAAUCCCACAAUGAUAAUAAGGACAUUAGGUACAUAAAAACUACAACAACAACUCAGCUUAACAAUUUCAGUAGCAACCAGUCGUUGCUGGUGACCAUUUCAUUAACUUAUCCUGUGUCAACAACAUUCAAAUUAUCCGCACUUUGCGCACUCAAUGUGUUCUCCCUUAUUUAGAAUGACUUUUAUUUGUAUCAUGAGCAGAAAAAAAAAGUUAUUGAAGAUAAACUAAAAUAAAAAAGCCAGCCUAUGAUAAGCCAUCUAUUGGCAUGAAGGCCAUCAUCUCUGACAAAGUAUGCCCUUAUUCAAAUUUAUAAAGAAAUAUUUUAUUUUUCUAGCAACUUUUCAUAACCGUUGAUACUUAUUUAUAUCCCCAUGUUAUAUAUGAACUUAUAGCUAUUACUUUUUUAUUCUUCCCGCAGGCGUCCCUGAUUUUUCGGCCCCCCCCUCCCGCCAAUAAAAGAAAGCCAGAAUCCAUAUGGAGUACAAUAACAAAACAAGUGCCAUACGAUAUCAUAUUUGCCGGCGUUACUACAGGUCGCACCUUUUCCUCUCGCAAAAAAACCCCUGAAAUAUGGUGUGCAUUUUAUGCGUCGGUAACGUAGAUAUCUUUCCCUUAAAAUCGUGUUUUAAAAACGGGGUACGUCUUAUGCAACACAGCGUCCUAUAAGCCAGAAAAUACCCACACAUUUACCCACGUUGCUGCCUCUACAUAUGUGGCCCCUGGCUGUACUUCCCUCUCCACCCCCAUCCUACGUCGAUUGAAUGUGUAAAAUAGUAAAAUAUGUCAGCGAUGGUUCCUUAUAUGGCAUGUAUCAACUGAGGUAUAAGCAUUUCGUGUUGCUAAGAAACCAUAUCUAGCUGUACACUUUGAAAAAAAUAAUAUUUUUUUUUUAAAAUCCGUCAACUGCUCUUCUUUCAAUGUCGAAAAUCAAAAAGAUCAUUUCGACUUUUUUUUUCCAAUAAUUUAACACUUUGAUUUAUGAUAAAAAUUAUGAUAUAAUUUAUUAUCCUCUGCCACCUUAAUUAAUCACACACGCCCCCACCCCCCCCCCCCCCAAAAAAAAAAAAUGUACUGAACAUUUAACGACCCUCUUGGUGCGACACCACCCACUUUGAGAAUCACUGUUCUAAAUAGUAUAUUCCUAAACAUAACGCGUCUGGUCAAGAUGUCUUAACGUCUAAACUAAGUCCAUUCCAGCUUGUGGUCUGGGCUUCAGUCCCAACCAUAGGUCAUUAUCAGUAUUCCUCAAUCGAAGAGGAGGAAAACUCUGAUUUCGAACUGGUAUGUGUAAUAUUCCAGUAAAUUGUGCAACGCCCAUUGUGAAUCCUCCACAUUUGAUGUUCCCUUGGGUUAUCCAGGUGCGUGGAUAAAGAUGAUUUGCUCUCUCGGAAAAAUGCGUCCGGUUCACAACUAAAUUUGUUAAAUCACCUACGUCCUAGUUUUGUGAAAUUGUAUUGCUCUGUACUGUUACGAGAAAAGGAGUUACACGCUUUUAAAAAGAGUCUAAACACAACCUAUUAUUCAAAAUGUAAAAAUGUCACAGAUGGCAAUAAAUGAUUUUCUUAAAAAUAUCGCGAGUGCGUUUGUUGCGUCAAGUAAAUAUAUAUAUAUAAAUUUGUUUUAGCAAUAGCAGCUAGGUAAUGAUUGUAUCGUGUCUUGAAGGCAGGUACAAGCACCUGCAACAUUGGUGCACAUGUCCAGGAUCCAGAGAGGGACGCGAUAACGUUCGUUGGAUUUCAAGAAAGUGUCAGUAGACAUUUUAGGUAAGUUAAAAGUAAAUGGAGCUAAAUCAUAGAUAUGUAUUUUUGGAUACAAAGAUGACUCAUCAAUGUGGAUAUUUUUUUUACCUAAGGGAGGGUGGCAUAUUUGGGCAAGUUGGACACAUUUUUUAAAAAAUGCCCUCAAAUUUAAAUAAAGUAACUUGAAAACGAUUCGUAGAUCAUCUAUUAGGAUAAACAGGAAUACGUGAUUCCCCCCCCCCCCCAACCCCUCUCAAAAUUACAUGAGUUUGGGAUUUUCCUUUCUUUAGUUAAAAAAACAAAAAAAAUUUUAAAAAAUGACCUCAAAUUUAAAUAAAGUAACUUGAAAACGAUUCGUAGAUCAUCUAUUAGGAUAAACAGGAAUACGUGAUUCCCCCCCCCCCAACCCCUCUCAAAAUUACAUGAGUUUGGGAUUUUCCUUUCAUCAGUUUAAAAAACGAUAAAAUAAUUAAAGCUUUUAACAAUCAACGAAUCGUUUGACUCUAAUUGUCUUUAUAAGUCAUAUUUGCUUAUUCUAAAUAUAUUAGAGUUGUCUGUUGUUUGAAGGAGUUAAUUAAAAGUUAAGAGUUAUUUCAGGAAUAAUAAUCUUUCGUUUAGAUAAAGCAAGUAAUAAAAGAAACAUGCUCCAGAGUUUAGUAAUUAGAAUCCCAGGUAUAAAAAAUCUCAGGGCUUAAAAAAAAACUAUUUGAUAGAAAGAUAAAUCAAAAUUACUAAUUCAUAUUUAUUCAUUCUGUGUGAUUUAUAUAAGACUAGAUUUUAUAAUAAAAAAGUUUAAAGUCUUAAUAUUUUGAGGAAAAAAAAAUUGUUGAUAUGAUAAACUUAAAAAAAAAAUUUUUUAGUAUUAAUAAUUGUAUUUCAGACGCGAUCUCAUAAAGUGUGUGAUUUUAAGAUACUUUGCUGUGUUGCAUUCAAAGCCGUCCAGGGCUACAUGUGGGUUGGAAAACAUGUAUUAACCGAUAACGGGGAAAUUCCCUGGAAAAUUUAAAAAUCUAUAAAACUAAACUAACAUUUUCAUAAACUUUUCCAUACCUUUGACAUUUUCAUAAUCUUAAUACCUACGAGGAACAAUAUAGAAAUUGCUGGAAAAUUAUAUAUUAUUUCUUUUAAACGUGAAAUACUUUUUUUAAAAUGACUCUUUUUGUGUAGUUAUUAACUCGAGAUUGAACAAUCGAACCUCCAAAUGUCGUAGCUCCAUAGUUUUCCAUUUACUCUUAAAUAAAGACCCCUAGGAACUUUCUGUUGUGGGAAAAAUUAAUGAUAAAUCCCUAAAACAUGGACCCUACAUAAUUCAUCAGAUAGCUAGCCAAGAAAAAUGCUGGCAUCCCUUUAAAAUUUGUCGAAACAUGAAAGAAAUAGAUAAUUUCGUAAAGAAGUCAAAUGAAAUUAGUAUCCAUGGUCCCGACACACACGAGAAUAUCAUGAGUUUAAAAACCUUCCAACCUUUCAAUUUAGAUUUUAAAGCUCAUUUGCACCAAGUUUCGUCUAGAUCUAUCCAUUAAAUGUAUUAUUAUUUAUAUAGCUCAUAAAAGAUGACAGAACUCAAUCUUUAAGAUUUUACAGCAUUAUUUUAGAUUAGAUAACGGGCGAAAUUUAUUUUAAAAAUUGUCCCCUAAAAAUCAGUUGUGUAUAUAUUACUGUUUUAAAUCCAUGGGUAUCUUAAAAGGGAUAAUGAACUCUAUUUCUACCAAGUUUGGUGAAGAUGAAAAUAUUUAUGUGCAAGUUUUGAUUCUUAUCUAAGCCUUCGUGUUGCUUUUGGCAAUUAUUAGAAAAAAUACAUUGUACAACUUCCUCAACUCAUUUGGAAAAUCAAAUGAGAUUUCGAAACAUUUGAGGAGCGCUAAAUAAUUAUAAAGACAAAAGAAGUAUAAGAAGGAUAUUUUAAACACUAACGAGUCAAUAUCUCAUGUCAGUAAAAAAUAUCCAAACAAAGUUAUUAUUUUUUGAAUUUAAACAUGUAAAUUAUAUAUUUUUAAAAAAAUGUUAUCUACCAUGGGCAUAAAUUGUUAAAAGAGUGUAACAAAAGAUGCUUUAUAGACCUUAUAUCCUUGUGAAAUGGUUUUCACUUAAUGUUGAUUUUGGGUUAAAUCACAAAUUUGAGAUUUCACUUUUCAACAUAAAUCUAGGAUAUAAAAGGUGUAAUAAAGAUGCAUAAAAGAAAACUUUAACUUUAAAUCUCUGGGUACCCAAAAGUACCCUUUAAUCACACACCUGAACGAUUGGAUAAUUCUAAUGUACUAGUUUCUGAAAGCACGUGGAAUAAAGCUUUAGUUACUACUAACUGGGACAUCGCCACCAUGCUGGGCGUGUGAAAUACUGGGAGAGGUGAAUAAUCUAUAACAAUAUGUCUUCAUAUAUCCACCAAUUUUUAGUUGUAUUGACUCUAUAUGUGUGCAUUUUUGUGCAUUUUGUGCGUAUACGUGAUCUAGCGCUCGACAGGGGAAGCAGCUAAUGAUAGCGCAUCACUGUGCGCGUGAGAGCGGGGUGGACAUCAUGCACUGGGCAAUUGUUAUUAUAUAUUAUGCGAACGCCAAACAGAAGCGCAGCGAAACCAUUCAUAUCUUGGGUGCGUAUGAAAGCGCAACAUUCUGAAUAAAUUCUUUAAAAAAUUUCGUACACCAAAAAUAACUUAACUUGAACGUCCCUCAUAUCUAUUAGAAGUCUUUACCCUCUUAAUUUUACCAAUUUUUUAAAUCACAGCUUUUAAGAUAAUGAGAUUACGAGCAAACUUCCCAGGAACCAUCGAUAUCUCAUAAGGAAUUAACAUGUCAAAAUUUGGUUGCGAUCCAUUGUUUGGUUUUCUAGUGUCUGAUCGACCCAUUUACAGAGAAACAUAGUCAAACUGAGCCUUAUAAAGAACAAAAAUGUUUUAGAAAUGUAAACUAGAGCUUUCCAUUUUUAAAGAUAUGAUAUGACGUCAUCAGUAAUAACACUGAGCGAGUACGACGUAGAUGUGCAGCUGGACAAGCUGACCUAUCAUCUCGUGGCGAGAGACUCGCAGGGAAAUCAAAAUAAAGCAGCAGUACCUGUUCAUAUAACUGUGCGUGAUGUGAACGACAACACUUGCACCAUUCCACCGGUAAGGUAACAUAUAUAUUUACUAUACACCUGGUAAGGUAACUGACAUUAUAACUUCCCAUCACUACACAAAGUAAGCUAAAAUAAAUUUUUACUUGCCAUAACAUAUAACCUGCUAUGGUAACAUAUGAUCAACUUGCCAUCUCUACACCUGGUAAGGUAAAAUACAUACUUCCUACAACUACACUUGGCAAGGUAAGAGACACAUUUACUUUCCAUCACUCUACGGGUGAGGUAAAUUAGAGAGUUACGUAAAUCUGCUGCAAUCAAACUUCCCGUAUGAUAACAGCAACCAAUUCUUAAUGUCCUCUACAAACUGAAGGUAACAACACAUAAUAAAACCUGGAAUUACUCUAUCUCAAGACUAACAACAAUAAGACACUGCUAAUAACGCACUUAUAAUUUAUAACCUACCUUAACUAAAAUACCACUUUUCUAUUAUAUCACUCAAAAUAAUCUAAAAUUUAAUUCUACAUGAAAAGUAUCACGCAAAGUAAUAAGCAAAUUUCGUCAUUUUGGUAACUAAUAUAGUUAGCUUCCAUUGCCGAUAAGCUAAUGAUUACUUCAUUUGUAAUGGUAACCAAAGUCAAUCAAUGCGUUUACUCCACCAAGAAGGUAAAAAUUACAACGCCAUGAAAUCAUUCUACCUUCUAACAAACAUCUUUAACCUAGCAGGAAAGAUACAAUUUUUAAUUUCCUAAAAUCGUCUUAUGACUGAAGGAGUCUUCUAAAUAUGUCACAUUGACAAAUGGCAUCAGCGGGCCGUCUAGCGUAAACUCUUAAUGCCCACCCUGACACACCUCCCCAUCUUCUAGACGCCGGGUCUCUAUACCCUUGACUGAGCGUGGCACGCCAGGGGCCUCCCCCGAGCUGGACCUCCCCCACCCGCAACCGUUCGAUCGGUCAUGCUGAUGAAGGCUUUUUCCGCCCGGGUAAACCGGUCGACCGAAACGCUGUGCUUAGCGUUCGCAGCCGACUCUCCCGGGGAGUUGGAAUGGUACAUUAAAAUCCUUAUAUCUUCCUUCAAUAAUCUAAGAGAAGCGUCGGACGCCCUUUAAGAGGGGUUCUACAUAGGGUUUCCACCCCGCUCCUAGUUUGCAAAGUAGCUGGGACGAAACGGUUGCCUAGGAGCAGCUUUCUCAAGGCUGCGUAAUUUUAAUCAUCGGCUAGAGGCUUCCACCUUAGUUUCUCGCCUUAUAUUUCAUUAGCGGAAACUUGUAAUCAUGAUCCCUACCUUGUCUCUGCCUUUGUUUCCUAAUGUGAAAUGUUGGCUGCCCUGUGGGUGCUGUUUUUAUUCCGGCAUGUACAAUGCAUAACCCUUGUCUGUCCACGGGGGGAGGGGGGACGAAUUGGUCGCCGUGUUCCCUGGGUAACGCCAAGAGGUCCCGUGACCGGCGCCUGUUAAUCAACAAACCACUACAGACUUGUUGACCUGAGCCUCGGUGCUGGAAGUAAUCUCUCGAACUCAACUUUUUUAAAACCUAGAAUCAGCAAGCGCGUAUCUUCGUAUCUCAGUACACAACAUGCUUUUCAUGUGGGUUAAUUUACGUUAGUUUUGAUGUUUGGCUCAACCAUAGACAACGACUGUACAACUGAGUGAAAAUGACAAGCCAACGAGGAGGGUUUUUAAAUUUAUUCAAUCUGAUCAAGACAAAACUGCGCCCAACAACGAAGUCCUGUUUGAUGUGACACAGAGCGUGCCAGACGAGGCCAACAUUCAUUUUGCCGUGGCGACAGAUGGAUCAGUUAACUACAUAGGUAGUGAUUAAUUAUUACAUUAAUAUUUAUUAUCCGCCCAAUUUUUGUAUUAAUAUUUAUCAUCAACAGUGUAAAAAUAGUGUUCUUGGCCUCUAUCAGUCGGUUUUAAGUAUUUAAUAAUUUUUAUGGACAGUCAGUAAAUUUCAUGGAUUAUACAUUAUGUAUAUAUUAUUAUAAUGUAUUCUUCAAUUUAGCUUCAGGAGAAGCCUUUGUGGCAAUUCAUCACCCUUGACCUUUGUUUUCUCAGAGCAAAUUCCUGAAACUAAUAACGGCAAGACAUACAGGCUGGUGGUCAGAUGUCGAGAUCGCGGGAUACCACAACGGUCAGCAGAAGGGACCAUAUUUUUCGUCUAUCAAUUAUCCACGUCUACCACCACAACGACCACAACCACCCCGCCAACCACGGCUGCGGUGGCUACGAGCACCGAUCCGUUCGACAACCCAGCGUUUGUGGCGAUAUUCGCCGUCUUCAUGAUCGCUUUGGUAAUCGCCCUGCUGGUGGGAUUGUACUUCUUGCUGCGAUACUGUGGAUCCCUUCACUACUGCUUCGGUAUUGGACCGACGCCGAAGAAAACCCGAGUAAUGGACAUCAGUGAAUACAGCAAUCAAUCCAUAGUGAAGUCAGUAGUAGUGGCUUGAGGCUUGUUUAAUCUUAUAAGAUUUAGAUAUUGCGGCAAAUACACGUUUAGGAACAAGAGUUGGGGGGGGGGUCUGGGGUGAACAUAGGGGCUGCCUGUUUCACCUACUCUUAUAUUUGGUGAUAAAAGAUGAACUUGGAAACAUUUUUAGAAGGCUAACAUAACAAUCGUUUUUAUCGUCCUGUUUAACCUCAACCCCUUUUUUUCAACACUUCUUUUUCCGCGUAUCGCAUUAAGCUACUUGGAGUUUUGCUGUGAGCCCCAAACAUAAAAGGGUAUUUGAGAAAAGGGUCGUAUUGAGGGGUGGGGGUCUUAUCCAUAAUGCCAGUGAGUAAAAAGUACUAAGAAUUGUUGGUUUGUCCCAUCUUUAGUUAGUGGUUCUUUAAACUCUGAUGUAUUGAGGCUCAUUGCCAUUGAUCUACACCCAUGGGUUACAAUAGUGAUAAACUUUAUUUCCUAAUGAUUAAAAUAUUUUCUUUUAUCUAAAAGUAAUUAAAGAACCACAAUCGUCAGAGUUUCGGAGGCUUCCAAAAGAAUUCCCCACUAUCCAUUCCACACGAUCCAUCUCUCGGUUAUAUCCUUUCGUAUCUAUCCCUUCGUAUCCAUCUCUUCCUAUCCAUCUAUCUCUAUCCAUCUUUUUCUAUUUAUCCCUCCCUAAUCAUACCUCCCUAUUUAUUACCUCACCUUUACCUCCUUAUCCAUCUCUAGCUAUCCAUCCCUCCCUUUACAUUUCUUCCAAUCUAUUCCUCCCUAUCAAUCCAUCUUAACCAAUUCCUUUUUAUCUAUCCCUCCCAAUCCAUCCCUAUCUAUCCAUCCCUCCCUAUCCAUUUCUCCCAAUCCAUCCCUUCCUAUCCACCCCUCCCUAUCCAUCCCUCCCUAUCCCUCUCUCCCUAUCCAUCCCUCCCUAUCCAUCCCUCCCUAUCCAUCCCUCCCUAUUCAUCUCUCCCUAUCCAUUUCUCCCUAACCAUCCCUCUCUAUCCAUUUCUACCUAUCCAUCCCUCCCUAUCCAACUCUCCCUAUCCAUACCUCCCUAUCCAUUUCUCCCUAUCCACUCUUUCUACCCACUCCUCCUACCAAUUCCUUCUACCCACUCCAUCCAUCCCUCCCUAUCCAUCCCUCCCUAUCCAUCCCUCCCUAUCCAUCCCUCCCUAUCCAUCUCUCCCUAUCCAUCCCUCUCUAUCCAUUUCUACCUAUCCAUCCCUCCCUAUCCAUCUCUCCCUAUCCAUCCCUCCCUAUCCAUUUCUCCCUAUCCAUCCCUCCCUAUCCAUCCCUCCCUAUCCAUCUCUCCCUAUCCAUUUCUCCCUAUUCAUCCAUCCCUAUCCAUUUCUACAUAUCCAUCCCUCCCUAUCCAUCCCUCCCUAUCCAUUUCUCCCUUUGCAUUCCUCCCUAUCCAUCCCUCCCUAUCCAUUUCUCCCUUUGCAUUUCUCCCUAUCCAUCCCUUCAUAUCAAUCCCUCAUUAACCAUUUCUCUCUAUCCAUCCGUCCAUAGCCAUUACCACCUAUCCUCCCCCCCCCCACUACCUAUUCCUCAAUAUUCCUUCGUCCCUGACACUAAUGAUUCAAUUUUUCAGCUGACUAUGUUAAAAUUGUUCGCAGCCGUUUAACAGGUUCAGAAGUUCACUUUUUAAACAAUGGUAUAAAUUCCUCUUCAGACUUACCAUAUGUGUCACUGUUCCUGAUAACAUUUUAGUCAGAAAGUUUAAUGAGUUUAAACAAACUUUUUAGCCAACUUAAGGGAUUACAUAGUUCGUCUCAAUUGAUAAGGGCAUGAUGACAUUAUACAUGGUUUAUAGACAGCAUUAAAUUGAAUUUGAUUUUGUAAAAUUUUAUUACACCAACAACGACAACAAAAAAGUCAAUACACACUUCUAACACUGUCUACAUUUCAUUUCAGUUAUCCGCCAAUUCGAACAAACAUGGCUUACAACGAUGAUUACUGGAAGAACGGUUGGUAACCAACAAAUAUUUCUUUAAAAAAAAUUUUAGACAAACUUUAGCUGCAGUAAUUAUUCAUAUAGCACAUCGGUAUUACUUGUCCUUAAGUUUUUAAACGCAUUUUCUACUUUUGUAGUGUGUUCGAAAUUACGUCAUUUGAUUCGUAAGAUGAUGGGGAGGACAUGCACGGGACCUAGUCAGUCGAUUCGUAGUCAAAAAGGAAAUGAGUAAAUCAAAGUAUGGGAAUAUCCGAAAAAUGGAACGUAACAAAACUACAAACGUUUCGGCACGAAGACUUUGUUAGGGAACAAAAAAAAAAUAACAAAAAAAAAAAAAAAAAAAAAAAAAAAAAAAAAAAAAAAAAAAAAAAAAAAAAAAAAAAAAAAAAAAAAAAAAAAAAAAAAAAAAAAAAAAAAAAAAGGAAAAGAGAAAAAAAAAGUAUGGGAAAAACCAAAAAAAGGAACGGAACAAAACAACAAAAGUUUCGGCACGAAGACUUUGUUAGGGAAAAAAAAAAAAAAAAAAAAAAAAAAAAAAAACAAACAAAAAAAUAACAAACAAAAACACAAACAAAAAACAACGACAGAAAAUAGCAACUAAACUAAAAAGUAGUAUCCGAGAGGGCAGCAAAAGAAUUGCGAGAUCUUUUUUCGGGUUUUUCCAAACUUUAUGUCACUCACUUCCUUUUUUUGCUAAUCUGAAUGCAGUCUCUCCCCCUCUUAUUACGAUUCGUAAUGAUCGGAAACCUAGUGAGUCAAUUCGUAGGGAGUUGGGCGAGACCUAGAGUGACAAUACAUAGGGAGAUGGGCGAGACCUAAAGUGAUAAUUCGUAGGGAGUUGGGCGAGACCAAGAUUUACGAUUCGCAGGCAGUUGGGCAAGAUAUAGAGUGACGAUUCGCAGGGAUUUCGGGAUCAACUCGGAAAAAGAACUCGAGGUAUAAUUCGUAGGGAGAUGGGCGAGACCUAGCGUUAUAAUUCUUAGGGAGUUGGACGAGACCUAGAGUGAUAAUGCGUAGGGAGUUUGGCGAGACCUAGAGUGAUAAUUCGUAGGGAGUUUGGCGAGACCUAGAGUGAUAAUGCGUAAGGAGUUGGGCGAGGCCUAGAGUGAUAAUUCUUAGGGAGUUGGGUGAGACCUAGAGUGACGAUUCGCAGGCAGUUGGGAAAGAUAUAGAGUGGCGAUUCGCAGGGAUUUCGGGAUCAACUCGGAAAAAGAAAUCAACAACGGCACUCUGAUGGCUGGGACUCAUCAGCCUUGGAUGGUCGUUCAUUCAAGAGAAUGAAAACUUCGAUUGCUAAUCUCCACAGCGACAGUCUCAGCAAGCCGGCAAGGGAAACAAAUUACCAAAGUCAACGGAUGUAUAGCCCAAUGUACCACAUAUCACAAAAUGUACUAAAUAUCACAAAAUGUACUACAUAUCACAAAGUGUACCAGAUAUCACAAAAUGUACCACACAUCACAAAAUGUACCACAUAUCACAAAAUGUACAACAUAUAAAAAAUGUACCACAUAUCACAAAAUGUAUAACAUAUGAAAAAAUGUAUCACAUAUCACAAAUGUACCACAUAUCAAAAAAUAUAACAACAUAUCACAAAAUAUAACCACAUAUCACAAAAUAUAACCACAUAUCACAAAAUAUAACCACAUCACAAAAUAUACCAUAAAUUACGAAAGGUACGGCUGAUCAUCAAAUGUUCGGCAGAUUGUCAAACGUUCGGCAGAUCAUCAAAUGUAUCUCACAUUGUUUUCAUACUGGUACAAAUGGAAAGUGCAACCAUAUAGACGUGUUUACCACUUUUUUUAAAUCCAAGUCCUAUCAGCUCCGUGUUCAAGCUGUUUUGAUGUUCAUACAUUUUUGUCAAUUUUUUUCAUUUUUAAUUAUUUUUUUUUUAACACAGGUGAUAAUUACGAAACAGGUACCGGUAAUGCAAUCCCAUCAAGUUCAAGGGUGAUGAAUGGAGGAUUCAAACGCCUGGCACUUCCGGCCCCCGCUGUAAGCAGAGGGUUUAACUUCUGAGACCAGUGAAGUUCUCACAAAGGACAGGCAAAGAGCAUUGUACAUUAUAAGUCUAAAGGAGGUGGCACAUUUAAUAUAACAAAAAAGUGAGAGAUAGAGCGAUAGAGACAUAGAGAGAGAGGGAGAGAAAGAGAAAGCGUGGGAGAGAAAAAGAGAGAAAAAGAGAGAGAGAGACGCCUCUGGAUAAUAAUGAUACUACGUCUUUUUGUGUUACAGUUUAUUAUUUUUUUCAUUUAGCUUAGCCUUUCUUAAUGAGUUAAAAUAUAGCCUUUCAUAGUGACUUAAUGUUAGCCUUACAUAAUGAAUUAAAGUUUAGCCUUAUAUAAUGAAUUAAAGUUUAGCCUUAUAUAAUGACUUAAAUUUUAACCUUACAUAAUGACUUAAAGUUUAGCAUGAAAAAAAUGGUUUGUAGAUGUAUUCGAAAAAAAUAUUAUUUAUUUACAUGUUAAUUUCUCAAAAUGUGCAUGGCUUCACCCAAC